AAAGUGCCCAAGCCAGUUCUGCAGUCAGAUCUGGACUUUCCCACAGUCGGGGGGAAAGCCGAUUUGUGUAUCUCUUUUUGUGACUUUUUUUUGGAUUUAAUCUCUCUCUCUAAUCAAAAGUAAGACGACAUGCCAGGAACAAAUGACAGCUUCCGUCUGUGGAAGCAGCUGGUGGUGGUGUACAACCUCUGAGCCGGAGUGUCUGGGUGGAGGCGUGCUCUGAACUACCUCUCCCGGCAGCCCGUGCUUGUUGACCGCAGGAAGCAGUCGCAGUGGCUCCUCCUGGACUUUGGGCUGAGGUUUUAAGCCUGAGAGGUGACAGGCUCCUGGCAUUCCUGUUCCACGCAGCCCCACAAAAGGGCAGGUCACCUCCCCGCCAGCAGAGCUGGGAUGGCGGUGCGGGUGGCGGUUCUGCCUUCCCCCCGGUGCCUGUUUGACGACCCCGUGCAGAUCUGCGUGGCCGGUCUCCUGCCGCAGCAGGCGGUCACCCUCCGAGCCAGCCUGGUGGACGAGACUGGGGAGCUUUUCCAAGCCCACGCUCGGUACAGAGCGGGGAGCGACGGGGAGCUGGACCUCAGCCGCUCCCCAGCGCUGGGGGGCAGCUAUUUGGGAGUGGAGCCGAUGGGGCUGCUGUGGUCUCUGCAGUCUAAAGCGCCCUAUAAGCGCCUGGCAAAGAGGAACGUCCUGACCCCUUUCUGCGUGGAUUUGGAAGUGUAUGAGGGCCAUGGGGACAUGAGCCGCUUGCUGGGAAAAUGCACCAAUGAACGGUGGUUUUUAGGAGAGGGGGUGAAGAGGAUUUCAGUCAGAGAAGGUCGUCUGAAAGCAACCCUCUUCCUCCCUCCUGGUCCUGGCCCCUUCCCUGGACUUAUUGAUUUGUAUGGAUCUGGAGGAGGUCUUGUUGAGUACAGAGCAAGUCUCCUGGCUAGCAGAGGCUUUGUGACUUUGGCUGUUGCUUACAUGGCCUUUGAAGAUAUCCCAGCUAUGCCAGACAUUCUUGAACUGAGCUAUUUUGAGGAAGCUCUGAACUUUUUGCGAAAGCAGCAGCAGGUGAAAGAUACUGGGAUUGGCGUUUUGGGCUUGUCUAAAGGAGCUGAUCUAGCCCUUUCCAUGGCCACGUUUCUACCUGGCAUCAAGGCAGCUGUCAGCAUAUCUGGAAGUGGUUUUAAUUCUUUCAUUCCCCUGCAGGGGGAUGGCUUCACUGUUCCUCCCCACCCAUAUGAUCUGGGGAGGAUGAAGACCAGUGAAGACUCUGGCCUAGUAGAUUUUUCCGAUGUCCUAGAUGAUCACAGGGACCCAGCAACUUGGGGUUGUCGCAUUCCCAUGGAGAGGUCCUUGGCCAAGUUUCUCUUCCUGUCCGGACUGGAUGACAGGAACUGGAAAAGUGACCUCUACUGCCAAGAUGCUGUUCAGCGCCUUCAGCAGUAUGGACGGGAAGUGGAGUUUUGCUUCUAUUCUGGAGCAGGGCACCUCUUGGAGCCACCAUACUUGCCUUUGUGCCAGGCUUCAAUGCACAAAGUGCUUGGGGUGUUUGUGUAUUGGGGAGGGCAGUGGAGGGAACAUGCCAAAGCCCAAGAAGAUGCAUGGCGCAGGAUACAGGCCUUUUUCUGGCAACACCUGAUGGACUCGGACAUCCCUAAGAGCAAGCUGUAGGGGAAGCUGUCAAAAUGAUGACCAGGGUUGCUAUUUCAGCUCUCACUGAAUCUUUUAAACUCAUUGGAAGUUUCCUGGCCUGCCUUCCUCUAAAUCCCACUAUUGCAUAGUGAUUUAUUGUAAUUCCCCAAAUAAUUUUCUAUUUUUUUUAAAUGAAGUUUAGUUGCCAGAGCCCCAGCUGCACUGUAGAUUGACACCAUCUUAUCUGCCUGUGGGCUGUAGUCAUCUGAGAUAAAAACAGCAUCCUGUCAUGCAGAUUGUGUUUGUACUGAGCAGUCUUUGCCCUCAAUCUCCAACCAUCUCCUUUGGUAUCAGGGAAUACACUCACAGGAGUUUUCCGUUGAAUUGCUUAGUAUUGCAUCUCUAACUAACCUAGAUGUAAACAACAAUUUCUUGGGACAGCACACCAGUAUAUUCACCUUUCAUCUUGGUAUAUAAUUUUCUCACACUUCUUAGCAAAAAGAUUGCAGCAGUUCUGAUCUCAACUAAGUGAAGAGGCACUCUUCUGACUUGACGUGUGGUGGUAACAUUUUUUUUCUGGUACCUCAAAAGGCAGAGGUGAAUCUUACCCAGGUUACACUGGUUGUAUCUCCUACUGACUCUGGAUGUUACAUAUCAGGGUAAAGUUUCCACUGCACUAUUCAAUAAAUACAAUGUGUAUAUGUGUA